CAUCUCUUCAUUCCUCCUAAGCUUCUCUCCCUCUCUCUUCAAUUCAAUGCUCCUUUUUCCCUUUCUUUCUUUCUUUCUUGCCUCUGGUAUUCCCUUAGUGUGAUUCUCCACCAUCAAACUUUAUAAAAAGAAAUAUCAUAAAAAGGAUUUCAACCACCAUGGUUUUCUCUUCUAUUCCAGUCUAUGUAGAUCCUCCCAAUUGGCAGCAGCACCCGAAUCACCAUCAAGCAAAUGUAAAUGAUAAUCCUCACUUACUUCCGCCGCUACCCCCACAGGUUCAGGCAGGACCUGUGGGAGGAGGUGGCACAAUUGCUGGCUCGAUCAGACCUGGGUCAAUGGCUGAUCGAGCCAGACUAGCAAAGAUACCACCUCCAGAGGCUGCCCUCAAGUGUCCACGUUGCGAUUCGACGAACACCAAGUUCUGUUACUUCAACAAUUACAGCCUGUCUCAGCCCCGCCACUUCUGCAAGGCCUGUAGGCGUUACUGGACAAGAGGUGGCACUCUGAGGAACGUUCCGGUGGGCGGUGGUUGCCGCCGUAACAAGAAGAACAAGAGGAGUAGUAGCCGCUCGAAAUCUCCACCAAACAAUAACAAUGAAAAGCAACAAUCUUCGAGUGCAAUUCCUUCAAACAACAUCCCUCCUCCUCAUGAGCUUAUUGGUCAUCAACCACCAAACCUUCCUUUCAUGGCUUCUCUCCAGAAUCAUCUUAGCCGCUAUGGAGUUGCUUCAAACAUGGGUCUGAGCUUAACGGAUCAUCAUCAUCCUCAGAUGGGGUAUGUUGGUAAUUCUGCUUCUGCUAUAGCUGCAAGUAAUGGAGUAGUAGUGGAUCAGUGGCGGCUGCAGCAGUUUCCGUUCUUAAACGGUUUUGAUUCGAAUUCUUCUUCAGCUGCAGUAGCAUCAUCAAUAUCAUACCCUAACACUUUUCAUCAUGAAAAUGAUCAAGGUUCUUCAGGCUUGGUUGACAUAGCUGGAAAUUCUAGGGUUAAUAAUCAGAUGCAACCACCAGUGAAAAUGGAAGAAAACGGAUCAAGACCAACAACAACAACAACAACCAACUUGAAUGUCUCUCAUCAUCAAUACUAUUCUUGGAACACUGAUAUGUCAGCUCUAGCUGCUUCUUCUUCCACUCCUCAUAAUCUCUUAUAACUUUGGAUAUGUAAACCUACCUCUUCAUGCUCAUGAAUCAACCAAGAAAAUUAAUGCAAACAAAUGGUAGUAAUUUCUGGUCAUUAUUCAUUCUGUUUAUUUUAUGUUUUUUUCUUUUUAAUUUAAUUGAGUCGAGUAAUUUCUGUACUACUACAUAUAUAUGGGGCUUGAUGUGUUUUUAUUUUGUAUAAUUAUUAUUAUUAUUAUUAACUCUGUUUGUGUGUGUGUGUGUG